AUGGAGGUGGCAUCCUCUCAACUCCCGGGCGCGAACGGCGUCGUCUCGCCCAUCGCCGACCCCUCCAUCGAUCCGAGCCGCGUCCUCGACCACAUCGCCUUGGCCUGCCAGAUAGCCCUCGGCGCCACCAACGAAGACCUCGAGAGCCCCGGAAGCUUGCUUCACAAGCACCGCUACUCCGAUACGCUCCAGCGCUGCACCCGCUUCGCGACCGACACCCCGAACGCCUUGUACAUUCAGAAGGACCUCCUGCCGGCCUCCACAAUACAGAAUGGAACUGACGACUUGAAGUCCCCGGCCUACACAUACUCACUGACCACCGAGAUCUCUUCGUCCCCGACGACCGUCUCGUGCCUCGUCUUGCUCAAGCAGCGCCCCGGCCCCGUCGAUCCCACGAUCCCGCUCACUUCUCAGAUACUUCUCACUAAUCUGCCGGGCCCUGCGACUCUGAACGCCACCGCCGGCGACCAGGGCCCUUCCACUUCGCCCUUUGAGGUUUUGCACUCCUAUGUUCACAACGCGCUGGCGCCCUACUUCGAUGCCAAUACCCGCAGCCAGAUCGCCAACGGCGCCAGGGGCAGGGCCGAUGUGGACUCGAAGACGGGAAUCCCCGUCACCAAGAAGAGGUGGAACGACUUGGAGUUGAGCUUGCUUCACCUGCAGCAGAAUGUCGAAAUCCCCGAGGUCUCCUUGAUGUUCCACACCAUGGUGCAGAACGCGUUGGAGGAGGCCGAAUCGCGGCAUUCGAAACCCUCUCUCGAUCUCAUCCCCGGGACCGUCCUCUCCGACAGUACCUUCCUCAACAGCCUGCAGAACAACGUCAACAGCUGGAUCAAGUCGAUCCAGGUCAUCACGAGAAUGACCAGGGACCCCGCCGAUAGCGCAAAGGAUUUCAAGUUUACCGCCAGUCAGGAAGUCAACUUUUGGCUUUCGAUGGAGUCCGCCUUGGAGGGAAUCGAGGGACAGCUCCGCAGCGAGGGCGUUCUCUUGACGUUGGAGAUCCUCAAGCACGCCAAACGUUUCCAGGCGACUGUGAGUUUCACCGCUGACACGGGCUUGAAGGAGGCCAUGGACAAGGUCCAGAAGUACAACCAGCUUAUGCGGGACUUCCCCCUUGACGAGCUGCUCUCUGCAACAUCCAUGUCCAAGGUGAAGGAUGCCACCAUACAAAUCUUUGGCCAUCUGAACAGGAAACUGAGGAUCUGCCCGUAUCCCAUCCGGAGAGCUCUGCCGCUGGUGGAGGCCAUCUCCGGAGACUUGGACGAGGUGCUGCAUCGACUUUUGCCUGGAACAGAACUCGUGAACCUCGACUACAACGAGUUCAAGGCUAUCAUGAAGGCCAGCGAGGACAUUUUUACAACCUGGGACGAAAGCAUCAAGGAGUUCACCAACGUUGCCCGUGAGGUCACGCGCCGGAGGAACGAAAAGUUCAUCCCCAUCAAGGUCAACCCCAAGCACGCCGAGCUUCAAGGUCGCCUCAAGUACGUCAGCACGUUCCGUGACAACCACGAGCAGCUCCAACGCACCAUCGUCAACGUGCUCGGUCCCAAGGCUACUGUGAGCGGCCUGACCGAGACCACGAACACCAACGGCGUCGUUGUCGUCGAAGAGAUGGGCGACGUUGAUGCAGUCGAGGAAGUCAAGCAGGCGUGGGAGGCGCUGAAGAAUGUCGACCUCCUGGAUGUCUCCGCCGAAGGCACAGAACGAUGGGCCAAGGCCGAGAACGUGUACAAUGAGCGGACUUCUCGAGUGGAGAACUCCAUCAUCGCGCGCUUGCGUGACCGUCUGGCCACGGCCAAGAACGCCAACGAGAUGUUCCGGGUCUUCUCCAAAUUCAACGCCCUGUUCGUGCGCCCCAAGAUUCGUGGGGCUAUUGCCGAGUACCAGAACCAGCUGAUGGAGCACGUCAAACAAGCCAUCCAUGGUCUCCACGAGCGCUUCAAGCAGCAAUACGGCCACUCCGAGGCUCAUGCCAUGGCCCAGCUGCGCGACCUGCCGCCUGUUUCCGGUGCCAUCAUUUGGGCCCGCCAGAUCGAGCAUCAACUCGACAACUACAUGAAGAAGGUCGAGGACGUGCUGGGUUCCGAGUGGGCCAUUCAUGCCGAAGGCCAAAAGCUCCAGAGCGAGAGCAAUCUGUUCAGGAAGAAGCUGGACACGCAGACAAUCUACAAGGCCUGGCUCGACGAUGUCCAACGCCGGCAGAUCUCCAUCUCUGGCUUCUUGUUUGACAUCCGACGCAUGCGAUCGACGGGCGGCAACUACGAGCUUCUGGUCAACUUUGACCCCCAGGUCAUUACUCUGUUCAAGGAGACGCGGAAUCUCAUGUGGCAGAACUACGCCGUUCCUCACUCGAUCAACAACGUGUCCAAGGACGCCAAGCGUGUCUACCCUUUCGCGGUCAGUCUCAUGGAGAGUGUCCGCACCUUCUCGCAGACGAUGCGACAAAUCUCUGAGAUGGGCGAAGAGGCCGUUCUUGUUUAUGGCUACAGAAACGACGUCUACGCCCUCGUCUCUAGAGGUGUUCCCCUCAGGUGGGAAUCGUUCGUCAACUCGCAUGAAAUCUUCUUCUCCACCAAGAACAACGCGACCCUGCCAAACGUAUCCGAGUUUGGCCUUUCGAAGCCUUCGGAGAGCAAGCACAGCCUCUUCAUCCGCGAGUUCGCCGCAGCUGUAUCCCUGCUCCAGGCCAAGACUGCUUCUCUAGCGUCCAUCCACGCGACCGUCGAGAAGGCGCUUGCGGAGCUCAACACUUGCCCCUACGAAGCCAGUGCUUUCACCUCGCGCUUGGAGACUAUCCAGACAGCCGUCGACCAGCUCAACUUGGAGCAGUAUGUCAACCUGCCCUACUGGGUUGAGAACAUGAACCAGAAGCUCAAGGAGGUGCUCUUGGCUCGGCUCCAAGACGCCAUUCUGGCUUGGAUCCAAGCUUUCGAGGACGAUUACCUUGACGACGGUCGCCGCAAGCAAGUUGCGGAGAACGGCGAGGAGCCCGUACAAGAGGGGCCGGUGAUCAAGCGCUUGAUCCAUGAACUGUCCAUGAGGAACCAGGUGAUUUACUUGGAACCUCCUCUGGAGUAUGCGCGCUCGAGCUGGUUUGUUCAGCUGCACGAAUGGCUGGGCAUUGUCUGCAACCUCAAGAAGAUCAAGGCCACGCGCUACCAAAUGACCUUGACAACCACAACUCUGGAUGAGCCCCACUUUGACGACCUCCCGAGCGACUGUACCGAUUUGCUCAGCCGCGUGUACGUGUCUGUCGAGAACAAGCUCCGCGAAAUCGGCACCUAUGUCGACAAGUGGCUGCAGUUCCAGUCCCUCUGGGAUCUCCAGUCGGAGCAGGUGUAUGAGGCUCUCGGCGACCAGCUUGCGAGAUGGCUUCAGCUGCUUCAAGAAAUCCGUAAGACUCGUCAGACCUUUGACACCCAAGAAGUCAGUCGGCAGUUCGGCCACAUCACCAUCGAUUACGACCAGGUACAGACCAAGGUCAACGCCAAGUACGAUCAAUGGCAACACGAGAUCUUGAUGAAAUUCGCUAGCAGACUCGGCAACCGCAUGCGUGAGGUACACGCCGAGAUUGAGAAGGCCCGUCGAGACCUCGAAAGCCAGGGCCUGGACGCUUCUUCAACCGCCCAGGCUGUCCAGUUCAUCACCGUCGUGCAGGCUUGCAGGCGCAACGUGAAGCUCUGGGCACCUGAGAUUGACAUGUUCAGACAGGGACAGUCCACCCUUGUGCGCCAGCGUUAUCAGUUCCCCAGUGACUGGCUCCACAUCGAGCAGAUUGACAGCUCAUGGGAGUCCCUGACCGAGAUCUUGGAGAAAAAGUCCAAGAUUGUGCAGGAUCAAACCGAUGCGCUGAAGUCCAAGAUCAUCGCCGAAGACAAGAUUGUCAAUGAUCGGAUUGCCGAAGUUGCCGUGCAGUGGAACGACGAGAAGCCCGUUUCCGGUACCACCCAGCCCGAUGUGGCGUCCGCCACUCUGGCCUCCUUCGAGGCUAGGAUCUCCAAGCUGCAAUCCGACUUCGAGAUGGUUGCCAGGGCCAAAGAAGCGCUCGACAUUCCUACUUCUGCAGACACCUCUCUAGCCACGAUUUUGGAAGAAGUUCAGGAUUUCCAGUCCGUCUGGUCCAACCUGUCCACCAUCUGGGCCAGUCUUAACGAGACAAGGGAGGUCCUGUGGACUGCCGUCCAGCCCAGAAAGAUUCGGUCCAAGAUCGACGACCUCAUCAAGAGCACCAAGGAAAUGCCCAGCCGCAUGCGACAAUACGCUGCGUUUGAGCAUGUCCAGACCAUCCUCCGCGGACUGUUGAAGGUCAACUCUAUUCUCUCAGACCUCAAGUCUGAGGCGAUCCGUGACCGCCACUGGACCAAGAUCUACAAGCAGAUCAAGCCUGGCAAGCGAUACUCGCCAGUUUCAAUGACCCUCGGUGAUGUCUGGGACCUCAACCUCGUUGCCACAGAGGUCAUUGUCAGGGACAUAAUUGCCCAGGCUCAGGGCGAGAUGGCCCUUGAGGAGUUUCUCAAGCAGGUUCGCGAGACGUGGUCCACUUACGGACUGGAGCUCGUCAACUACCAGAACAAGUGCCGUCUCAUUCGUGGCUGGGAUGAUCUGUUUGCAAAGUGCAGCGAAAACUUGAACUCGCUGCAGGCAAUGAAGCACUCGCCCUACUACAAGGAGUUCGAGGAAGAAGCGUCUUCAUGGGAGGACAAGCUCAACAGGGUUCACGUUCUCUUUGAUGUCUGGAUUGAUGUUCAACGCCAAUGGGUCUACCUUGAGGGUGUUUUUACCGGCAAUGCCGACAUCAAGCACUUGCUACCCGUUGAGUCCUCGAGAUUCCAGAACAUCAACAGCGAAUUCUCCGCUGUCAUGAAGAAGGUCUACAAGCAGCCCUACGUCCUCGACGUCCUCACAAUCCCCAACGUCCAGAAGUCUCUUGAGAGACUGGCUGAGCUUCUCAACAAGAUCCAGAAGGCUCUGGGCGAAUAUCUCGAGAAGGAACGUGUCUCUUUCCCUAGAUUCUACUUCGUUGGUGACGAGGACCUCCUUGAAAUGAUCGGUAACAGCAACGACACCCUACGCAUCGCGAAGCACUUCAAGAAGAUGUUUGCUGGCCUCUCUGGACUCGUCAUGGACGACGAGACGAUCAUUUCUGGCUUCACCUCCAAGGAGGGCGAGGCCGUGCGUCUCAAAAAGGAGAUCUCACUUGCCAAGACACCAAAGAUCAACGACUGGCUCGCCCUGUUGGAGAAUGGCAUGAAGAACACCCUGGCUGAGCUUCUUGCGGAGGCUGUCGAUCAGUACACUCCCAUCUUCGAGUCCGAGAAGAUCGACAAGGAGGCUAUGGAUUCGUUCAUGGAAGCCUUCCCCAGCCAAAUCGUUGUCCUUGCGACUCAAGUUGUUUGGACGACAGCCGUUGAGAGGUCUCUUGCUGAUGGCGGCAAGACGCUGCAGUCGCUCUACGACCGUGAGGUCCAAGUGCUCCGCCUUCUUGCCGACACCGUCUUGGGCGAUCUUGAAAUCAUCCUGCGCAAGAAGUGUGAGCAGCUCAUUACCGAAUGCGUUCAUCAGCGAGAUGCCAUCGAGAAACUUAUCAGUCUCAACGCUACCACGCCGACUCACUACUGGUGGCUGCUCCAGAUGCGUUAUCAUUACAACCCCGAGGGUGACUUCCCUCAGCGCCUGCAGGUCAAGAUGGCAAAUGCCACGCUCGCCUAUGGUUUUGAGUAUCUCGGAGUUCCCGACCGCCUGGUCAGAACACCCCUUACGGACCGAUGUUUCCUCACCCUCACCCAGGCUCUCCAGCAACGGCUCGGUGGAUCUCCUUACGGUCCUGCCGGAACGGGUAAGACGGAGUCUGUCAAGGCUCUCGGCCUUCAGCUCGGUCGCUUCACUCUGGUCUUCUGCUGCGACGACACCUUCGACUUCCAGGCCAUGGGUCGCAUCUUCCUCGGUAUUUGCCAGGUCGGUGCUUGGGGAUGUUUCGAUGAGUUUAACCGUCUCGAGGAGAGAAUCUUGUCAGCUGUCUCGCAGCAAAUUCAAAACAUUCAGCUCGGCUUAAAACAAGGAGCCGAAGACGAGAAGGCCCAGACCGAGCUCGUCGGGCGACAACUCCGCGUCAAUGCGAACACGGGUAUCUUCAUCACCAUGAACCCUGGCUACGCCGGCCGAUCCAACCUCCCCGACAACUUGAAGAAGCUGUUCCGCAGUGUCGCCAUGUCCAAGCCCGACAAGGAGCUCAUCGCCGAAGUCAUGCUCUACUCCCAGGGAUUCAAUCAGGCCAAAGAGCUGUCCAAGCAUACCGUCCCGUUCUUUGACCAGUGUGCGGCGAGAUUGUCCAAGCAGGCCCACUACGACUUUGGUCUUCGUGCGCUGAAGAGCGUUCUUGUCAGUUCUGGAGGCCUGAAGCGCGCGAGACUCCUCGAGAGUGGCGGUAGUCUCGGGGCUGAAGAGGUUGUCGAGCCUGAGAUUAUCGUCCAGAGCAUCCGGGAAACCAUUGCUCCCAAGCUGAUCAAGAGCGAUGUCGAGAUCCUCACCGAGGUCGAGGAGGCCUGCUUCCCGGGCGUCAAGUACGUCCCCGCGAACCUGCAAAAGCUUGAGGAGGCUAUCAGGACCCUCGCAGACGAGAGACAGCUGGUCGUCAACGACACGUGGAUGACCAAGGUUCUUCAGCUGUACCAGAUUCAGAAGAUCCACCACGGUGUGAUGAUGGUCGGCAACUCUGGCACGGGUAAAUCCGCUGCCUGGACCCUUUUGCUCGAUGCCCUCCAGAAGGUCGAGGGUGUCGAGGGCGUGCAGCACGUCAUUGACUCCAAGGUCAUGUCCAAGGAGGCGCUGUACGGAAACCUCGACUCCACUACACGUGAGUGGACGGAUGGUCUCUUUACCAGCAUCCUGCGAAAGAUUGUCGACAACCUUAGAGGCGAGGAUUCUAAGCGCCACUGGAUCGUUUUCGAUGGUGACGUCGACCCCGAAUGGGUUGAAAACUUGAACAGUGUGUUGGACGACAACAAACUUCUCACCUUGCCCAAUGGUGAGCGUCUCAACUUGCCUGCAAACGUCCGCAUCAUGUUCGAGGUCGAAACGUUGAAGUACGCCACCCUCGCCACGGUCAGUCGUUGCGGCAUGGUCUGGUUCAGCGAAGAUACCGUCACGCCAACCAUGAUGCUCGAGCACUACCUGGGCACGCUCCGCUCUAAGCCUUUCGAGGACCUUGACGAAGACAGCGUAGCCGCUGGGCAAAGCCCCGCGAAGGCUCUGGCCGUCCAAUCCCAGGUCGCCGACCUCCUCGGUGCUUUUCUUUCCGGGGAGGAUUUCCUCAUGGCCACUCUCAAGGAGGCCGAGGGCUACAACCACAUCAUGGACUUCACUGUCGCGCGCGUGCUUAACACCCUGUUCUCUCUCCUGAACAAGGCAGUCCGCGAUAUGAUUGAGUACAAUGCCCAGCACUCGGAUUUCCCCUUGGACCCCGAGCAGGUUGAAGCCUUCAUCGCGAAGAAGCUUCUCCUUGCGCUGGUAUGGGCCCUCACGGGCGACUGUCCUCUGAACGACCGCAAGACCUUCGGAGAUGCUGUUUGCGGCCUUGCCAGCUUUGGAAACCCACCUCUCGACGGCAGCAGCUCACUCAUCGACUUCGACGUCACUCUCCCCAUGGCCGAGUGGGCGCCGUGGCAGAACCAGGUACCGACCAUCGAGGUCAACACUCACUCCGUCACCCAGACCGAUGUGGUCAUUCCCACGCUGGAUACUGUGCGUCACGAGGAUGUACUGUACUCUUGGUUGGCCGAGCACAAGCCGCUGCUUCUCUGCGGUCCUCCCGGUUCGGGUAAGACGAUGACGCUGUUCAGCGCUCUUCGCAAGCUUCCCAACAUGGAGGUUGUCGGCCUCAACUUCUCCAGCGCGACGACGCCCGAUCUCCUGAUCAAGACCUUUGAGCAGUAUUGCGAGUACAAGAAGACUUUGAACGGAGUCAUGCUCUCGCCGACCCAGAUUGGUAGAUGGCUGGUUAUCUUCUGCGACGAAAUCAACUUGCCCGCCCCCGACAAAUACGGAACGCAGAGAGCCAUCUCCUUCCUUCGUCAACUCGUCGAGCACAAUGGAUUCUGGAGGACCUCGGACAAGUCUUGGGUUACUCUCGACCGUAUCCAGUUCGUCGGUGCUUGCAACCCGCCCACCGAUGCAGGCCGUACGCCCCUCGGUGCUAGGUUCCUCCGCCAUGCUCCUCUCAUUAUGGUCGACUACCCCGGUGAGCUCUCCUUGCUCCAGAUCUACGGCACCUUCAACUCUGCUGUUCUCAAGAUAAUUCCGUCACUCCGUGGCUACUCCGAGCCACUUACGCAGGCGAUGGUGAAGCUCUAUCUCGAGUCUCAACAGCGCUUCACGCCCAAGAUCCAGCCCCAUUACGUGUACAGUCCUCGUGAACUUACCCGUUGGGUACGAGGUAUCUACGAGGCCAUCAGGCCUCUGGAGACACUAUCAAUCGAGGGGCUUGUCCGUAUCUGGGCACACGAAGCGCUGCGUCUCUUUCAAGAUCGUCUUGUGGCUGAGGAAGAGCGCCAGUGGACCGAGGAUGCCGUCCGACGGAUCGCCCUCGAGCUCUUCCCUACCAUUGACGAUCAGAAAGCUCUCGGUGGCCCUAUCCUCUUUUCCAACUGGCUUUCAAAGAACUACGUCCCUGUCGACCGCGAGCAGCUCCGAGACUUCGUUAAGGCUAGGCUCAAGACCUUUUGCGAGGAAGAGGUUGACGUGCCCCUCAUUCUCUUCAACGAUGUUCUCGAACAUGUUCUCCGUAUCGAUCGUGUCUUCAGACAGCCUCAGGGCCAUCUUAUCCUCAUUGGUGUUAGUGGCAGUGGAAAGACUACGCUUUCGCGCUUUGUGGCCUGGAUGAACGGUCUCAAGGUGUUCCAGAUCAAGGUGCACGGCAAGUACUCUGGCGAAGACUUCGACGACGAUCUUCGAGACGUUCUCCGACGCUGUGGUUGCAAGGGCGAGAAGAUUUGCUUCAUCAUGGACGAAGCUAACGUUCUCGACUCCGGUUUCCUCGAAAGAAUGAACACUCUGCUCGCCAACGCCGAGGUCCCUGGCCUUUUUGAAGGAGACGAAUUCGCUGCCCUCAUGACAGCUUGCAAGGAAGGGGCCCAGCGACAGAACCUACACCUGGACUCGCCCGAAGAGCUCUACAAGUGGUUUACCCAACAGAUUGUCAAGAACCUGCACGUUGUGUUCACCAUGAACCCGCCGGAGGGCGGUCUUGGAUCCAAGGCCGCGACCAGUCCCGCCUUGUUUAACCGUUGCGUGCUCAACUGGUUCGGCGACUGGUCCGACCAGGCCCUCUUCCAGGUCGGCCACGAGCUCACGCACUCUAUGGAUCUCGACCGGCCCAACUUCCAGGCGCCCGAUUCAAUUCCAGUGGCGUACCGCGGCCUCAGCCUGCCUCCCUCGCACCGCGAGACUAUUGUCAACUCCAUGGUCUACAUUCACUACUCCCUCCAGAGAUUCAACUCCAAGCUUUUCAAACAACAGGGCAAGGUUACGUUCCUUACCCCCCGGCACUUCUUGGAUUUCGUCGCGCAGUAUGUCAAGCUUUACAACGAGAAGCGCGAAGAUCUGGAAGAGCAGCAGCGUCAUCUCAACGUUGGUCUCGAGAAGCUUAGAGACACGGUCGACAAGGUUCGCGACCUGAGGGUCAGCCUUGCCGAGAAGAAGUCUCAGCUCGAGAGAAAGGAUGCCGAGGCGAACGAGAAGUUGCAGCGCAUGAUAGCAGACCAGAGAGAGGCAGAACAGAGGAAGAACACAUCCCUGGAGAUCCAGGUUGCAUUGGAGAAGCAAGAAGCCGAAGUGGCCUCGAGAAGAAAGGUCGUGUUGGAGGACCUCGCCAAGGCUGAGCCCGCUGUCGAAGAGGCCAAGGCCAGUGUUAGCAACAUCAAGCGGCAGCACCUUACCGAAGUACGAUCCAUGGGUAACCCUCCUCAGGGCGUCAGACUAGCCCUUGAGUCUGUCUGCGCUCUGCUCGGUCACAAGGUCAACGACUGGAGGAUGAUCCAAGGUAUUAUUCGCCGCGACGAUUUCAUUGCCAGCAUCGUAAACUUCGACAACGAACGGCAGAUGACCAAGUCUCUGCGCGUCAAGAUGCGCAACGAAUUCUUGUCAAACCCCGAGUUCACCUUCGACAAGGUCAACCGUGCCAGUAAGGCCUGUGGUCCUCUAGUGCAAUGGGUCGAGGCGCAGGUCUCAUACUCGGAGAUUCUGGACAGGGUCGGCCCUCUCAGAGACGAAGUCGACGCGCUCGAGGAACAGGCCCUGCAAACCAAGGCAGAGGCCAAGGCGGUCGAGAAUACCAUCAACACCCUCGAAUCCAGUAUCGCCCAGUACAAGACGGAGUACGCUGCGCUUAUCAGCGAGACCCAGGCCAUCAAGUCUGAGAUGUCCAAGGUUCAGUUCAAGGUCGACAGAAGUGUCAAGCUACUCGACAGUCUGUCGUCCGAGAGAGUCCGUUGGGAGGAGGGCAGUAAGUCCUUCGAGACGCAAAUCAGCACCCUCGUCGGCGACGUGCUUGUCGCCGCCGCCUUUCUGGCGUACAGCGGCCUGUAUGACCAGACCUUCCGCAAGUCGAUGAUGGAUGACUGGCUGCAUCAGCUGCAGCUCUCCGGCAUCCUGUUCAAGCCUCACAACCCUGUCACCGAAUACCUUUCGACGGCUGAUGAGCGCCUCAGUUGGCAGGAGAACAGCUUGCCGGUUGACGACCUGUGCACAGAGAACGCCAUCAUCCUCAAGCGGUUCAACCGUUACCCUCUCAUCAUUGAUCCUUCCGGUAGAGUCACGGAGUUCUUGCAGAAGGAAAGCAAAGAACGCCGCUUGACAGUCACCAGUUUCUUGGACGAUUCGUUCACCAAGCAAUUGGAGAGUUCCUUGCGCUUCGGUAACCCCAUCCUCAUCCAGGACGCCGAGUACCUCGACCCCAUCCUCAACCAUGUCCUCAACAAGGAAUACCAGAAGACAGGUGGACGUGUCCUUAUCCAGCUCGGCAAGCAGCAGAUCGACUUCUCGCCGUCGUUCAAGAUCUACUUAUCGACCCGCGACCCGUCGGCUACGUUCGCUCCCGAUAUCUGCUCUCGAACCACAUUUGUCAACUUCACGGUCACGCAGAGCAGUCUCCAGACCCAGUCCCUUAACGAAGUGCUCAAGUCUGAGAGACCCGAUGUUGACGAGCGGCGAUCCAACCUCAUCAAGCUUCAGGGAGAGUUCAAGGUUCACCUGCGACAGUUGGAGAAGCGCCUUUUGCAAGCUCUCAACGAGUCUCGCGGAAACAUUCUCGACGACGACAACGUCAUUGAAACCCUGGAGACCCUCAAGACGGAGGCGGCCGAGAUCUCGGACAAGAUGAACAAUACCGAAGGCGUCAUGGCAGAGGUCGAGGAGAUCACCCAGCAGUACAGCAUCAUUGCCCGCUCCUGCAGUACUGUCUUUGCGGUGCUGGAACAGCUUCACUACCUUAACCACUUCUACCAGUUCUCGCUCCAGUACUUCCUCGGCAUUUUCCACUCGGUUCUCCACGGCAACAAGAACCUCGCCAACGAGACGAACCACAACAUCCGUCGCGACGUUAUUGUCAAGGACCUGUUCGUUACAACUUUCAAGCGGACUGCGCUGGGCCUGCUUCAGAAGGACCGGAUCACGCUGGCCAUGCUGCUUGCCCAGGCUUCGCCCUACAAGAUGGACAAGACACUUAUCGACAUCAUCCUCGACGACCGCGUAGAAGGCAGAGACCUCUCCACCGACAAGGAUGCCAAGGACGAGGCGUUCACCCGUGCCGGCCGCAUGAACGUGCUCAAGGAGAAGCUUGACAAGGUGUCGUCCGCCGACUGGGACAGGUUCUUGACGGAGGAGCUCGCAGAGAACUUUGUCCCCCAGAUCUGGGAGGACAACACGGAGGCUUUCGACCAGGCUCUGCAGUCCCUGCUUCUCGUGAAGCUGUUCCGCCUCGACCGAUUCGUCCCGGCUGCCGAGCGCUUUGUUACUCUUGUCUUCGGCUCCGACACCUUUGACGUCGUUGAGGACCUUAAGGAGACCGUCAGCCAGGUGCCCGCUACCAGGCCGAUUUCCUUAGUCUCCAGCCCUGGUUUCGACGCCAGCUACAAGGUGGACAACCUCGUCGAGAGGAUGCGCAUCAAGUGCACCAACAUUGCCAUGGGAUCCAACGAGGGUCUCGCAAGUGCCGACAAGGCUAUCAGCAACGCUGCGCAAUUGGGCAACUGGGUCUUGGUCAAGAACGUUCAUCUCGCUCCUACCUGGCUGCAGAGUCUCGAGAAGCGCAUGGAAUCGCUCAACCCCCACUCGGACUUCCGACUGUUCCUGUCGAUGGAGUCGAGCCCCAAGAUUCCUGUCAACCUGCUCCGUGCCUCGAGAGUACUCAUGUACGAACAGCCCGCAGGUGUGCGCGCCAACAUGAAGGACUCAAUGACCUCCCUGUCGACGAGAGCCACCAAGGCACCUGUCGAGCGUGCGAGGCUGUACCUGCUGCUCGCGUUCUUGCACGCCGUCGUCCAAGAGCGCCUGCGAUACGCCCCCAGCUUGGGUUGGAAGGGCUUCUGGGAGUUCAACGACAGUGAUUACGAAUGCUCGGCAUUCAUCAUUGACACUUGGAUCGAAAACGCGGCCGGUAGCCGCACGAACAUUGCUCCCCAGAGUAUCCCCUGGGAAAUGAUCCGCUACCUCGUGACUGAAACCUACGGCGGCAAGAUCGACAACGAGGGCGACUUUAAGCAGCUCAACCAGCUGGUGCACUCGUUCCUGACACCUUCGGCCUACGAUGUGGGCCACAAACUCGUCGAGGGCUCAGAGAACCAAGAGAGCAGCCUCGUCGUGCCAUCGGGCACCUCCAUGCAGGAUUUCAUGGCGUGGAUCCGCAAGCUACCGGAGCGCGAGCCGCCCACGUAUCUUGGCCUGCCCGCCAACGCCGAGAAGCUGCUCCUCGUUGGUCUCGGACGUAGCCUCAUAAGUAACCUGAAGAAGGUGACGGAGCUGUUGGAGGAGGGUGAACAGCUCAUGGUCGAAGCCUAG